UUAAAAUUAUAUGUGCAUAAUGUAAGUUUUGGAUUAAUUCGAAGAUAUUUGUCACAGAAAGAUAAGUUAUACAAUUCAACAUGAAAAAAGGAAGCUUAAAUACUAUGUUAGCUAAUGCUUUGAAUACAAAAUUUGACGUGAACAUUUAGCUAAAAUCUGGGCCAUACGUCAUUGUAUGUCCCAGCUAAGAUGUGCAAAUGUAAUGAAUAUUAAACGGAAAAUGGCAGUACAGAGCUUGAUGUUUGGAUUUUUCUUUUUAAGUUUACUUUUUGAAGUAUUCGGCAAGGAGAAUAAUAUACUAUUGCACCGGACUUUGAACUCUAGCACUGUUAAUCGGAACGUCUCAAGCAAUUUGAUUAAUGAUGUUGGGAAUUAUACAGAGGAAAUGCCGUCAGAAAGGGACGUCACUCUGAAUACUGACGUCAAUACGUCUCUAAGCGGAAAUAUAGAAGCAUUGGAUAUAACAGCUUAUGGUAACUGGAACAACAUUUCUGUAUACAUAAUUCCAGAUAGUUGGUUAGGCAUUUGUAAAGUGUUCGAAGGAGAAAUCUAUGAAUCUGAAUUUACACCAAGAACGAACCUUAUAUCCAUUAAGUGUACAAUAGAUGUCAACCACUCUAAUAUAUUGAAUACGAAUGAUCUAAGGGAGACUUUGGACUCUUAUAAAGACCUGAACAAACGUUUUAGUUUGGAAAUUAAUUGUCGAUCAAUGGCGAACAUUUCUUUAUCCUUUCCAUUUAAAGUCGAUAACUUGUUCAUCUUGAAAGUUCAAGGCUGUAGAAUACUUGAUUGUUUAGCAGACGGCAGAAACAACGUUUCGGCGGCCAUUCCUGAUAGUUUGCGCGUUCUUCAAAUAUUGAAUACAACAAUUUCUGUCAAACAAUCAAACUUGAAUGAAUUUAUGAGGGACAUCAAAACACUGACAAAAGGUUACUCUUGUUUACAUGCGGAGACUAUUGAGUUCAUAACGAUGAGGAAUAUCAGCUAUGAAAUUAUUAAAGAUAUUGUCAGUGAACCGGAAGAAGUAGGGAAUCAUGGUCGGAACAUCGUCCCUAGAUCGCGUCACAUACCGGAUGUUUGUGAUUAUUUGCAUUUACGAAUUCUAGACAGAAGUAUUCGCACCAGGCCUUUAUUUGAUCUCUACGAUCUGUUUACAGAAAGAUCGAUUUACGAACGAGUCCAAAUUUACAACGCAUCGAAUUCUGGUAUUGCAGAAUUGAAGGAUCGAUAUUUACAAUGGUCAAACACAUUUCCAAAUUUACAAAUGUUAGAUCUUUCUAAGAAUAAUAUCUCAAAAUUAUACAGAUUUGCUUUCCCGUUGCAUUCCAUGGCGAAUAUCAGUAAAUUUACAACUGUAGAUCUAAGGUUUAAUAAAAUUUCAAUGAUAACUGUGAAUGACCUUGACCGAUUUAAAAUGAUGCCGACUGUCUUCUUUGAUCUGAGAAAUAAUCCUAUAGAUUGCAAUUGUUCCGACACUUUGGAAGAAUUAUUACGAUAUAUAGAAGCAGGCAAACAUCUACAAAUAUCAAAUAUAUUCGAUUAUAGUUAUAUCGAGAAUUUGGAAUGUAACUAUCCGGAGAACUUGAAAGGCACAACCAUAAAGACAUUGACAUCUGAGAUGAUUUGUGAAUCCAAUUUACAGACGGAAUAUUUCUUGGUUCCAAUAAUUUGUUUGAGUGCCACAAUUGUUAUUUUGGCGUUAUUAUUCCUUGUGAUUUGUCGAUUCAGACACGAAAUUACCAUUCUAUUAUUUACGCACUUCAAUAUAAUUUUCCCUUGUCAAACACGCGACAGUUACGACUCUGAGAAGAAAUAUGACGCAUUUGUUAGUUAUAGCAGUAACGAAGAAGAAUACGUGGAGAAACUUUUCGAAGAUCUUGAAAAGCCAGCAGACGACAAAGCGCGCCCAUCGUUUAAGUUCUGUAUGCAUCAUCGUGACUUUGUUCCAGGAAAAACUAUUUUUGAUAAUGUUACAUUUUCCGUUGAGUCAAGCAGACACACAAUUAUUUUAUUGUCAAACCAUUUUAUAAAAAGCGAGUACUGUUUAUACGAGUUUCAAGAGGCUUUCAGACAAAGUAUCAUGGAAAAAAGGCGCCACCUGGUAAUAAUCAUGAUGGAAGAUAUUCCUGAAAAACAACUGCCACGCGAUCUCAGACGCUGUGUAAAAACAUUUACAUAUAUCAGAAAAGAUGAUUUUCUUUUCACGGAAAGACUAAUUUAUGCACUAUCUAUAAAACAUGAAAGAAAAAGUGUCAUCAAAAAUUCUGAAGAAGUAUAGGGUGAAACUUAAAACUGUUUAUUAUUGAAAAACUACAGACAUCGAAAGAUUUAAAAUGGGGUUCAUUGUUGACAUAGCUGUCAGAGAUAUUGUUGACUUUUCAAUGAAAAGUUACAGUACGUGUUAUUUCUAAUUUUCUACUACUUUCUAUUUUACUAUAUUUUCCAUAAUAUCGUUGACAAGGUAUCUACUUUCCUUUACCUGAAAAAUGACAACUUUAUGGUAACUGAAUAAUGCCAUGUCGUAUUUUUGCUCCGCUUUAAGCCAGACGAAAACACGGAAAUACGACAAUGUGACCAUUUUGUCGCGAAGAGCCAGGAGAACAUACGAACAUACGACAACUUUGUCGUACUUUUUCUCUGUAGGACGACAGUCGGAAACACGACAAUACGAGAAAGUAACUAACCAUUUUGUCGUACUUUGCACUGCUGGACGGCAGGCGAAACAAAGUAACCACUGUCGUAUUUGUGGUUUUUGCCUGGCGCCCCGUGAGCGAAACACGACAUGGCAUUAAUCAGCUACCAUACAAUUUAGUUACAACAUAUCACCCGUUAUUUUUACGAAUAAUACUUUUUUCUUAAUUAAACUUGAUUAUUAUUCGCUACAUUUUAUAUCACAUCGCCCAAGAUGGCCUGAGAUGUCAACAACUGUUACGUUGUAAUGAAGUACCUUUCCUCCGGAAUAAAUGUACUUGUUUUCAUACUAUUUGUUUUCAUUGCAGUUCUGUUUUGAUCACUUCAUUUAAAUGCAAACAUCCACCAAUUGAUGUAUUUCAAUAUGACAUUAACUGCACACUGUAGUACACUUUAGAUUCUUUUGACAAAAUGAAUUCAUGAUCUUAAAUCGUGCGGUAUGAAUAAACGUAAUAUCAAUAAUUGUAGGAAAUUGACAGGGAAAAUUGACUACAGUUAUAAAACUCCAGACAGUUAUUUCCUAUCUAAACCAAUUUAAAAAAUACUUGUCCUUUGAUCAUGAAUUUAUUGCACCUGAUAUGACAGUAUUGUUGUGAUGGCACAGUUUAGUUAUGAAGUAAACAUAUUGUUUCAAAAUUAAAGGCACAUUAUGCCUCAGAAGUUAAUAUUUUUUAAUGGUUUAGAAUGGUCAAACAUGUGUUAAAUAAUGCUUAAAUAAUGGAUUUAAAGCAUGUUAGAUGUUAAACAACCGACGAAAGUAACCUUAAUCGUGCAGUAAUGUGUUUUAAAGGCAUUAAAAUUUACAAAGUAGAUAUUUGACUUUGAAUCACUAUAAUUGUACCAAUUGCCAAAGUGUAAGAGAAGCAAAAGAUAGUUCAUCUAUAUGGCCA